ACCAGAAUCGCUGAAAUCAUCAGAAAUGUUUCAAUAAACAUAUGUAACGGUUUCGUGAUGGACUUUUCCUUUAAGCAAAAGAAGAAGAAGAAAAAAAGGAGGAAAAUAAAUGUCAGUUAGGACUGGAGUAUCACACUCCAGUCCAGUAGCUGGCAGUAAAAACACAAUAACGUUGCAUGUUAACCGCUUCAAUUCAAAGAAAAAGAAGCUCGGCUCAACAGUGUGUCCGUCAGUAACGUGCAGGAUAAUGACACAAGCAGAGAGGGAGCAGGAAAAUGAAAAAGAAAAAGAUAAAGAGCGAGAAAAGGACAAAGAAAGAGAACAACGAGGAGUCAAAAGACCGAUUGUUCCUCCUGUUAUCCCAGAGCCUUUACAAGAGCAAAUUCAAACCAAUUUUGUGGUGGUGAUCAGCCCUGGAUCGCAGACGCUCCGCAUAGGCCGAGCUACAGACACAUUGCCCCUUACUAUUCCACAUGUCAUUGCCCGUAGACAUAAACGGCCAGGUCAGACGCGCUAUGAGGAUGUGUGGCUGAUACGAGAAGGCCUGAAUAGACCAGAAAGUGGUGAGCAGAGGCAAAAUGGUCUCAAGAUGGUGGACCAGGCUAUCUGGUCUAAAAAAAUGUCCAGCGGGGCCAGAAGAACUCCAGUGUCUGCUGAACAAGCCAGAGUGUAUAACAGGCAGGUCCGUCCAGCUGUUUUGGAUCCUAACUCAAGGCAGAAAUGGACUAAUACUGUUCACCAACCAGAAUACUUAGUAGGAGACGAGGCAUUACAUGUGAACCCCACAGAUUGUUACAGCUUACACUGGCCUAUUUGUCAUGGUCAGCUGAAUGUCCACAGUGGGCCUGGAGGCUCUCUAACUGCUGUACUAGCAGACCUGGAAACCAUCUGGUCACAGGCCAUUCAGAAGCUUUUAGAAGUUCCUCUUAAGGACCUGAAGUAUUACAGAUGCAUCCUCCUGAUUCCAGACAUCUAUAAUAGACAGCAUGUGAAAGCAGUGCUCAAUAUGCUCCUCGUUAAGAUGGGCUUCUCAGCAAUCAUCGUACACCAGGAGUCAGUGUGUGCUGCAUUUGGCAGUGGACUGAGUAGUGCAUGUGUGGUAGAUGUGGGUGAUCAGAAGACCAGCGUGUGUUGUGUGGAGGAUGGCGUGUCCCACCGAAAUUCCAGGCUUUGUCUGGCAUAUGGAGGUUCUGAUGUGACGCGAUGUUUCUUUUGGCUGAUGCAACGAGCAGGAUUUCCUUAUCGAGAGUGCCAGCUAGGCAAGCGACUGGACUGCAUGUUGCUGCAGCAACUUAAGGAGACUUUUUGUCACCUUGACCAGGACAUAUGUGGAUUGCAAGACCAUGAGUUUCGCACUCGCUUCCCAGAAUCCCCAGUGAUCCUCUAUCAGUUGCGGCUCGGUGACGAGAAGCUACAGGCUCCCAUGGCUCUGUUCUACCCUGCUGCGUUUGGAAUUGUGGGACAGAAGAUGACCACUUUACAGCAUCGUUCCCAGGGAGAUCCUGAGGAUCCACAUGAUGAACACUACCUACUAAGUACUCAGAGCAAACAAGACCAAUCGUCUAAAUCCAUGGAAAGGAAGGGUCUCCCUAAGCCUUCGGGCUUUGAGGGUGAAACCUGCAGCCAAGGAGGUGACCAGACAGAGAGAGGAACCCAAGACGUGGAGCUUGGCCAUUCACAGGGAGAUGCUCUGCCGAGCGGAGCUGACCCAGAAGACACGCCUUCUGUCCUUCUGUCCAGGAAGUCAGCAAUGACCCAGUUCGAAGGCAAAGCUCUUGGACUGGAUAAAGCUAUUCUGCACAGCAUCGACUGUUGUGCAUCAGAUGAGACCAAGAGGAAGAUGUACAGCUCUGUGCUGGUGGUGGGCGGUGGACUCCUGUUUCAUGGCGCGCAAGAAUUCCUUCAGCAUCGCAUUCUCAACAAAAUGCCUCCAUCUUUCCGCCGUAUGGUUGAGAAUGUAGAGGUCAUCACACGGCCAAAGGACAUGGACCCUCGGCUCACGGCUUGGAAGGGUGGAGCAGUGUUGGCGUGUCUGGACACCACCCAGGAGUUGUGGAUCCACCAGGGAGAAUGGCAGAGAUUUGGUGCACGCAUGCUCCGUGAAAGAGCAGCCUUUGUAUGGUGAAAGAGUGUGUGAGUUUGUGAUGUAGGAGAAUGGAUAAUUGUACUUGUUGCUGUAUGUAUUAUUUGCUAAGGUAAUUGCAAAACCGUGUAAUGUGUAGACCACGCCAUUUUAUUUCACCAUUGUUUUUAAAAAAGAACAUACAAAUAUAAUAAAAGGAAAGAAAAGAA